ACGGCCUUCUUCAACUUCCAAUCCCUCCUCCUAGUCAUCCUGCUCACAAUCUGCACCUCGACAUACGCGCACUACGUCUCGCCCGGUAUCAUGGACCGGAACAAGGACGGCGCCCUAGGCAUAUUCUGGAAAUGCGCACGCAUAGGCGAGCGCCUGAGUCCGUACGUCAGUAUAUGCUGUGUUGUCAUGGCGGUAUGCAGUCCUCCACAAGUCCAACCCAGACGUGACAUUAUCUCUAAUGACAAAGCCACCCAUCAGGCAUCCAUCUUCCUCGGCCAAUAA